CCAAGUGGAUUGAAAAGGUCGACCAAUUAGAUCCACUCUGAGUGGAGAUGAGCACUUUGUCUGCUGCAGGUACCUAAUUACCUUCAACAGGAUGUAGGUCAUUUCCAUUCAGAGCUUGUCUUGUACUCAUGUACUCUGCAUUUUAGUAAAUCUAGUUUAAAUCCCAGAUCGGAACAAAAAAAAACAAAAUAACUGAGAAAACAAUAAUUAAAUGACAUAAAAGCAUCAUCUGUAAUUAUUAGCCGUGUACAGUGAAAGGUGACAUUUGCAAAAGUGCAGUGGGUUAAUGUGGGACUUUACUAGGGAGAAAAACAACAAACUCAGUGUUGUCACACAAAACAAUAAUCUGUUAUCCUGUCCAAAAUGUUUUCGCUACUUAAGAUCUAACAGUAGAAGAAUCUCUGUUUUUUGAUCUGUAUAAACCAUAGCUGCAGUAUAAUUAGCUGUUGCUAUUUUUUUUUGAAAUGUCUCUGAAUCACAACUGCAGAUUUACAGAUCAACAAACCGAUUCUUCAGCUGUUUUCUUGAUUAAUGUGAGUGAAUUCUAAAAAUGCACAAAAAAAACACAGUUAGAUGGAACGAUUAAUUUUGAGUCAAGGCUAGAGUCAAAAACUGUUAUUUUUUUCCAGCUUUGUUUUGAUAGCCGGUGUGAUUUGUGUUUUUCAGAGAAUUAUAAUUUUCAGAGAAACCAGCUGGUGUUCGAGUUGAGUGUGACCUUGAUGGAAGCUGCAGUGACACAGUAAGAAAAAUACUGUAGUGCACAGCAUGGCGGGCUGCUGUGAAGCACACCCAGCAUGUGUGGAGAAUGAAGAAAAUGAAUGAACAUUUUCUAGUCAGUCUCCUCAAAGGGGGAUUUGUGUUUUCAAAGAGGAGCAUUGGUGUUAGAACACCAUCAUCCAGUCAAAGAAGGCCCAGUUUGAAGAGGCUAACAACAGAAAUGGUCUGAGGAGACACGGACAAUAUUACUCUGGAGGAAAACCAGCUGCAGCAGAUGCUGUCCAGCUACCAUGGAACACGGUGAAGACGAGCGACUGAUACUAGAUCCUUUUUAAUCGCAGCACCAGUGACGACCCUCAUGUGAAAUUAAUGUCAGCUGUGUUGCAGCAGCAGCUUCCAGCUGCUCCUCCUGAUCUGAGACCACCCACGGAGACAUGGCUCCAACAGCCCCGACACUGCUGUCUCUGCUAACACCAGCUGAAUGAACAGAGAUGCCGUCUAAAGUCUCCUGCUUGUACCUGCUGACGGUGGUAUGUUGGGCCAGCGCCCUGUGGUACCUGAGUGUGUCCCGACCAUCUACGUCCUAUGUGGGACAGUUGAACUUCCCCAUACGCAGGACACCCAGGGUAAACAAAAAUGCCACCUUAAACAAUAUCCGCACCCGGCCCCUCAACCCACACGAUUUUGACUUCCUCAUCAAUGAGGACAAAAAGUGCGAGGUGGAGCCCCCCUUUCUUGUCAUCCUCAUCAGCACCACCCAUAAAGAGUUCGAUGCCCGGCAAGCUAUCAGAGAGACUUGGGGGGACGAGAGCACGUUCUCAGAUGUGCGUGUUGUCACUCUGUUUUUGUUGGGCCGCAGCACUGACGCUGUUCUCAAUGAGAUGGUGGAGCAGGAGAGUCAGAUCUUUCACGACAUCGUGGUGGAGGAUUUCAUCGACUCUUACCACAAUCUCACUCUGAAGACAAUGAUGGGCAUGCGCUGGGUGGCCACAUUUUGCGCUAAAGCUCAAUAUGUCCUCAAAACGGACAGCGAUAUAUUUGUCAAUAUGGAAAACCUGAUCUACAACCUCCUGAAGCCCACGACUAAACCCAGGAGGAGAUACUUCACUGGCUAUGUCAUCAACGGUGGGCCAAUCAGAGACAUGCGCAGCAAGUGGUAUAUGCCAAGAGACCUGUACCCCGAGAGCAAAUACCCUCCCUUCUGCUCGGGCACAGGUUACAUCUUCUCAGCAGAUGUAGCCGAACUCAUAUACAAGAUAUCGCUGCACACGAGGUUGCUGCACCUGGAGGACGUGUACGUUGGUGUUUGUCUGCGAAAGCUUGGCAUACACCCCUUUCAGAACAGUGGCUUCAACCACUGGAAGAUGGCGUACAGUCUCUGUCGCUACCGGCGGGUGGUCACUGUUCACCAGAUUUCUCCAGAGGAGAUGCACCGCAUUUGGAAUGACAUGACCAGCAAGAAAAACCUUAACUGUUAGCAGUGACUUCACACACGAGCACCAGCAGAAGAUUCAGGGAAGAGCUGUAACACCCGGAGAAAACCAAACAGCAAGAAAUCAGUGAAUGCUUAGUCAGGAGACUGCGGAGACAUCAGGGUGUUCAUCAGUGCUACUUAUAGACCCUACUAAAGGAAUGGACCUAGCCAUACAGUUCCAAUGGAAAUGUAAUCUUUUGAUUUAAAUAUAUGUAUUCUGAAACUGUGAUACGAUUCUCACCCGUAUAUGUUCAAAUAAACCAAGUCCUCUAACUAGGUACACUCUAAUGAGAGGGUGAGGAUAUCAUAUGCAGAUGGAGCAAACAGUAAAGCCUACUGAGAGCACACUGGUCACAUUUGUUAAAUUUGCCAAAUUCUUCUACAAACCAUCAAAACUCUUCACCUACUUCUGAGGAUUUAACUUUUGCUAUCAGAUGGCUUGGCCAAACAAAAUGUUGUUUGGUUUAUGAUGUAACUCAGCUUAGACUCUUACGGUAUGGUCUGUUACAACAUGUUUCCACACAUAACUAUGGGUGGUUCCAGUCAAUGCAUCACAUAUGGAUUGAAAGAGUGAGGAAUCAAAACCCACAGGAAAGUUGUCGGUUUGAUUCCCAAACACAAUGGGGGUCCUACUCUUUAGCUCACCAUGCUCUCACUGUACCAGCGUUGCCACUGAAACUCAUUUAUUCACAACCACUGGAAUCAGCUGUGAGACUAAACAUUGAACUCAUGGACUGUAUAUAAAACUAGACCAAGCCAUGCCCCUGCAGAGCUAGCCUGUGUAUAUGACAACUAAUUCUCUCUCCAUUUCUAACGUCACUAAUUGUUUUCCUGACAAUCUUGUGAUCUACCCACCAGUUCGAGAUCGUCUCUAUGUUAAAUGAGAUCUGUUUGUAAUUAUCAGUUGCAUGUGGACAGAAAAAGAGUUAUAAAAAAGAAUAUACAGUAUAUGAAGGAAAUAGUGAUAGUGAGUGUAGCGGUUAGCACGCCUUGCCUCGGAAGAGAGUCUGGGUUUGAUUACCAGAGGAACCACAUGCUUGGCGCUUGCUAGGGGCAGCCUGUUAGCAGCAUAUCUGCUGCUAACACAACAAUUUCCCAAAUACGGGAUCAAUAUAGUACACAUUUAUUUUUAUUUUUAGUGUGAAAGAAUGUGAAAGUAUAUGAUGAGUAACUGACAGCUCGAUCAUCCAUUAGAGCACUGAUUCUUAACCAUAGGGUCGUGGCCCAAACUUGGGCCGCCAGCGCCAACUGGAGAACCACGAAAAACUUUGAGUUUUGCACCUGUGGGUAAGGACAAACGGCACAAAAAGUACACACCAGAGAUACUGAUAAUGUUAUCCAUGAAGAGCUCAGUCGCAAUGCAACUUUCGACCUUGUGGUGGCGGUAAAGCAUUAGUUUGUUAACAGACUUCUUCUUUACGCUAGGUGUAGCAAAAGGUAUGGAGGUUUUUUUAAACGAAAGGUUGAACGUCAUGCCCCCCCCACAAAAGACAAAAUUUCCGGGCAUAAUCCUGACUUCAUCAAAUAUGAAGCUUUUUGCUAAGUGAAUUAUUGAAUCCAAAUCAAACUAUGAGUGAGGGCAGUUAAACCUUUACAGUGUUAAUAGUUAAUGGGCCGCGGGACACGUCGUACUAUAAAAAGUGGGCCUCAAGGUCAAAAAGGUUAAGAACCCCUGCAUUAAAGGGUGUUCACUGUAACUGAAAUAGUUCUUCUAUAAAGACAGCCCUGCUGUCAGUCACAUGCAGUGAUUCAUUUUAUUAACCCUAAUUAUUAAAGUAUCGCUCCAGAAUCUAUAUUUUUGUGUAUGAUGCAUGUGUGUUCAAGGUGGGUAAAUAGUUGGACCUACAUGGAUUUUGAUCUUAUCUCAACGAGAAUUUCACAUUUAGAUUCUUAACCAUCCUUUUAAAGCAGCUACAGAGCAACAACCAUUGUGUUUUUGCACAGGUACAGUCGUCAUAUCCUGAGUGGUUUGAAAUAUAAUCAUCUGGCCCAAUUAUCCCCUCCUAAAAGAAGCCUAGGUCUAAUCUGUUUCAGUAAACUCCAGGAUCUUGGCGUCAACAAUAAUAACCGUGUUUACAACUAGAUUUUUGUUUUUGUUUUUCCACUGUCGUCACAGCAUGUAGGCUUUGUUUUCCUUCGACCACUGAGUGACUCUGGGUUCCGGGCUUUAUCUCACCCUGUAUCAAACAGCUGGAGUUGGCUGCCGACUUACUGGUUGGUAAUGUAAUUGGUUGCUGUUGUGAUUAAUUUUAAAUUUCACACAUGACAACAUGGGUUUAAAACCUACAUUGUAACGUCUCAUGCCGAUUACAAUCUUUAUUUCCAAAUGUUCCUGAUGGAUUUUCACUCCAUGUUCUUUUGGAAGGAGGUCGUCACGUUCUUUCUGGUUUCGCAGCACACGGACGCCACUGCUGAUCUGAGAUUCAGAGACUCGUUUGAAUAUUUUAAAAACAUCACUUGUAUGGUUUCUCGGAGGAACACGGAUAUUUCUGGAUGCUUCUCACAACACCCAGUGGAUCUUGAUCUUGUGAACCUUCACACGACAAGGAUUCAGAGGGAGCAGCAAUAACUGCAACCGAAUGUUCCCUUUGUUCAAUUGUACAUUUGUGAUUAUUGUCUCAGGCACUGACCUGUGCUUUAUUUUAUAUUAAUUGAACAUAAAGAAGAGGUGAUUAACUGCUCCAAGUGUGCUGACGACAGAUGCCACACAGUUGAGAUCUUCUUUUCAGUCACUUGAGAAUAAAUAAACCACUUUUAUAAAAUCUUGACUUUUAUUUAUUACAAAAAAGUCAAUUUUUUCUCUAUCUCUAAUUCUAGUUUUUGUUAAGUUCAUAAUUAUCAACCUUGUUUUUUGUUGUUGAUUUUACCUUAAGUCCAGACCAACUUUUUGGUGUCUUAGCAAUUUUUCCAAUAUUUUUCUAACUGCUUCACCCGCAUUACGACUCUUUUGAUAUUUUUUUAUUUUAUUAAUUUUAUUUUAGCUAAAUGUAAGACAUCUCACAAAUAUCCCCCUUCAUGAAAUAACUUUAUUCUAGGGCACUGAUAGAAAAAAAAUAUUUGUCGACACGUCACAGAAAAUGUCAUCGUCCCCUUGGAGGAGUCCAAUGGUCUAAAGGUUUUUUUUUUUACACGUGUGCCAACACAUUCUUCACCUCUGAUUGGCUUAUGAUGAUAUUUGAUCAUUGACUAAACCAGGAGAUAUAAUCAUUUCAUUAAACGGGCGGUUACGUUGCACAAGAACACAAAAAGUCACCCAUCACUGGUAACAGACACUUUUGCUAAUUUUGUCUUAGACAGAUGUCUUUUUGAUUUGAUUUGAUUUGAUAUUUGGUCUCAUUCAUUCAUUAUCUACCAUCAGUUCCUCGUCAGUAUUGUGGUGAGUAGAAGGAAAAACUACAUGACCAGAGGGUCUCCGUCCAGUCUGUCCUGGAGGAUGAAACUGUCACAAAGCCAAGAGUCAAACAGUGACCUGAGAUACGAUCAUGUGACUGGGAGCUGAUAGGACAACUGACUGCUGUGUUCUCUCCAAUAGCAAAAACUACUACAGUAACGUAUGGAGCGUUAGAUGGUCACUGUUGGACCUGUGUUUCGGUGUAGACACUGUCAGUGUGAUGACAUCAUAAAUUAGUCGUCACCUCAACUUUGUACACAUACAUGUGUACGUGCAGCACUGGCAGUUCACCCUGAAGUACUUUUACAGUAAU